UGACUCUUCACACGCAGUCACACAGUGUGAGGGGUGGAAAGGGCUCUCCUCUCUCCUCAGCAAAGUGGCUCAUGUGGACCUUCUAGUUCAGUAUCCAAACUGAAAGGCAAGAUGAUAUCAACCUUUUCUAUAGAAUUUGGUGAAGUAUAAAGUCCUGGUGAUAAUACCAGCCCCAGGUUACAGUCAGCAAAGACACAAUAUUAGGUUAGGUUUGUUUAGUUAUAUUAACUCAAGAAUUACAAAAUCAUGUCAUCUGUGCACGGGAAUUUGAGCUGGUGAAAUGGAAUGUUUGUUUUAGAAUGACAGACUGAAUUGUAAGACAUGUAAGGUAUUGCUGGUCUCUUUUGUUGACUCAAAAGUUUCUAAUUUCUAGUUCUGCAAAUCUGGACAUCAAAAGAAGUUAUAAUGAAUACACAGAGGACAGAGAAGACUUAUGAAAAUCUUUCAGCCGAUGAAGAGUUCAGUGACAAUAGUGAGCUCGGAUACAAAAGACAACAUCUACAUGGUAUUAAAUACUGGCAAAUCUCAGCAUACAGGUAUGGACACACACACACAUGUGCACACUCACACACACACACACAUAUAUUUUAUUCAAUUUUUUGCACAUUAUUACAUUCAUACAGGCCGCGCAUGGAGUAUACUGAGAGCACUGGUAGUAGUCUUGGGUCUGCUGUGUGUUCUUCUGCUAAUCGGCAUCAUUGUGCUUUUGACCAAGAAGACCAGAGACAAAACCACCAUGCUGCCCACAAACGGUGGCCAAAAUAUGCAGGACCAGAAGUUUUGCUUCCCCAGGCAUACUGACACAUCUUAUGUCAAGAUAACACCCGACUAUGAGGACCCCCUCACACAUGUAACUUUGUGCAUGAGGUACAAGACCAAGUAUUCCCGAAAGCAGCAGUCUCUGUUCUCUCUCGCCACUUAUUCGACCGAUAACGCUUUCUUGCUGUUCAUUGAAAGGACAGGAAAGUUUUCAUUGACUGUCAAUGCAUUCGAAAUAUACACCGACGUCGUAAGCCCGCCUGACCAGUGGAAUUCAGUUUGUGCCAGCUGGAGCGUUUGUGGAGAGGCGCAUUUGUGGCUGAAUGAUAAAAGUUUUGACCUUGGAAAAAUCUCCACACGUCGUAACAUAAGGACAAAACCUAUAGUACUGAUAGGUCAAGAACAAGAUACUUAUGGCAACAAUUUGGACAUCGCGCAGUGCUUCGUGGGAGAGGUCAAUGAUAUUUACCUUUGGGGACAUGAGGGGCCAACUGCUGUGGUUACAGAAUUCAUGUGGAUGAAACCGUCACCAAGUCACGGCAAGUUUUUGAUCAGCUGGAGAGCGUUAAACUACACCCUAUCUGGACACGUCCUGGUGAUGUCCAGCACAACCGUGUGCAAUCACCCGGCAUGAACUCCCAAUAAGUACUAAGACUAAUUUGAUACUGCACUUAAAAGAACGUCUAUUCAUUUGUCCUGUUCAUAAUUUUUUAUAUACUUCUAUGACUUCUCCAUGAGCAGUAUAUCAUUAAAUUAUAUGAGGAAAGAUGGGAUUAUUCAUUACUGGAGUAGAGGGACAUAUAGCCAAUAAAUGGUAAGGUUAGCUUGAAUGAUUUGGCUUGGAUGUCUGUAUGUGGUUUUCAAUUAAUUAAAGUUUGAGCUCA